AUGUCCGACGUUGCCGAGCUCAGCACCAAGCUGGAACAUCUCGGUUUUGCCGAGCCCAAGAUCAAGGAGGUGUUGAAAAACAAAAAGGUCGCCGCCUCCUUCAACGACAUUCUCAACGUAGUGAACGUGGGCAAGGACGAGAAGCGAGCUGCUCUACUCCACAACCUCGCCUCGUCCUCCAAGGACGCCAAGGAUGAAGCCGUGAUCAAGAAGCGAAAUGAGGUCGCCUCUGCCAUUGCCGACGGCCGAAUCAAGACCAACGUGCAGCUGGACGCCGCCUGGAAGUGGGCCCAGGACCUACACAGCUCCGAGAGCCUCGAUCAGGCUGCUGGCGUGGGCAUUGAGGUCACCCGGGACGACGUUUAUCGUGAGAUUGCCGCCUACAUUGCCGCAAACAAGGCUCAGCUCGAGGAGGAGCGAUACAAGGCCCUGCCUGGUGUCAUGGUGGCUGCCAAGAAGAUCCCUGCUCUCAAGUGGGCCAACCCUGCCGACUUUAAGCCCGUGAUCGACGAGCAGCUCAAGGAGCUUCUGGGACCCAAGGAUGAGCGAGAUCUCGUCAAGAAGAAGGCGCCCAAGGCCAAGCCUGCUGCCAAGGAUGCUGCCAAGAAGGAGGAGCCUGAGAAGGUGUCUGCCACCGCCAUGUUCACCACCGGUUUCCUGGGCAACCUGCACAAGACUGGAGAGAACCCUCAGGCCAACAUGGAGCGAAUGGUUGAGCAUCUCAAGGCCACCAAGGGCCAGGUUUUCACCCGGUUCCCUCCCGAACCUAACGGAUACCUGCACAUUGGCCACUCCAAGGCCAUCACCGUUAACUUUGGCUAUGCCCAGUUCAACAAGGGUAAGUGCUACCUGCGAUUUGACGACACGAACCCUGAGGCCGAGGAGGAGCGAUUCUUCACUUCCAUUCGAGAGACCAUUGAGUGGCUGGGCUUCGAGCCCUACAAGGUCACCUACUCGUCGGACUACUUCCAGGAGCUGUACGACCUAGCUGAGAAGCUGAUCGAGUGUGGAGGUGCGUUUGUGUGUCACCAGACCGCCGAGGAGAUGAAGGCUUCCCGAGGAGUGUCUGAGGGAUCUCGAGGAGGCGAGCGAGUGCCUUCUCCCUGGAGAAACAGAACCGUGGAGGAGAACCUGGUGGAGUUCCGAAAGAUGCGAGACGGCCACUACAAGCCCGGAGAGGCAGUUUUGCGAAUGAAGCAAGAUCUCAACAACCCCAACCCCCAAAUGUGGGAUCUGGUUGCCUACCGAGUACUCAACGCUCCCCAUCACCGAACUGCCGACAAGUGGAAGAUUUACCCUACCUACGACUUCACCCACUGUCUGGUUGAUUCGCUGGAGAAUAUUUCGCAUUCGCUUUGUACCACCGAGUUCUACCUCUCCCGUGAGUCAUACGAGUGGCUGUGUGACGCUGUGGACGUCUACCGACCAGCCCAGCGAGAGUAUGGCCGACUUAACAUCACUGGAACCGUUCUUUCCAAGCGAAAGAUUGCCAAGCUCGUUUCUGAGGGUCAUGUUCGAGGCUGGGAUGAUCCCCGUCUCUUCACUCUGGUCGCUAUUCGACGGCGAGGUAUUCCUCCUGGAGCCAUUCUCAACUUUGUCUCCACUCUCGGUGUCACCACUGCCGAGUCCAACAUUCAGCAUUCUCGAUUUGAGAACAAUGUGCGGAAGUACCUUGAGGACACUACUCCUCGUCUCAUGAUGGUGCUGGACCCCGUCAAGGUGACCAUUGAGAACCUGCCUGAGGACCACUUUGAAGAGUUUGACAUGCCCUUUGGCAAGAAUGACGAGCGGUCGCGAAAGGUGCCCUUCACCCGAGAGCUGUACAUUGACCGAAGCGACUUUGAGGAGUCUGCUGGCAAGGAGUUCUUCCGACUCACUGCUACUCAGCCCGUGGGUCUGCUCAAGGUGCCCCACAACAUUUCUCUCAAGGAGGUCAAGAAGGAUGCUGCUGGAAACAUCACCGAGCUGAUUUGCCAUCUCGACAACGACAUUCCCUUCAAGAAGCCCAAGACAUACAUCCAGUGGGUCCCCGAGUGUGCUGCCAAGAAGUCUCCCGUCAAGAUUUCCGAGACCCGAAUCUUCAAGCAGCUCUUCAAGUCCGAGAACCCUCAGGGCCACCCCGAUGGAUACCUUGCAGAUCUUGCUGAGGAGUCCGAGGUCAUCCACAAGCAUGCUCUUGUCGAGCCCGGCUUCUACGACGUCAAGGAGAACUCUCCUUGGGUCACUGGUGAGCAUACUGGCAAGGAGAAGAAGGGAUCCCCCGAGAGUGUGCGGUUCCAGGCUCUUCGAGUGGGAUACUUUUGCAUGGAUAAGGAUUCUACUGAGAAGGAUAUUGUUCUGAACCAGAUUGUUUCUCUGAAGGAGGAUAACCAGAAGAAGUAA